AGACUCCGCCCUCUCCGUGUUACGCUGCGUCGAAAAUGAUGCGAACCCUGUUAGUUCAGCCACAAGGUGCCUCCUAACUGCUUGGUGUUUUAAGGGAGUGUGAAGCGGAUUAAACUGUCUCCGAAUAAAUGUUUUAAUUAAACAGGCAUCCCGCUAAAUAUGUGUACAGUUGUGCAUCUGAACUUGACGUUUAAACCGCCCUUCACGUCGCGUUAGCUUUCCACAUCAGGGUCAGCCCACCUCUCCACCUGUGACUCUUCCUUACAUACUGGGACUAUUGUGAAUCUCUGUGAUUCAUCAACACAACCAUGUCCAUGUUCAGCACAGGCAUCCUCGUGCUGACAUCUCCUCUCCAGACGCUCCCUCUGCGUAUAGCUCCAGUGCUGAGCUCUGCUGCUCAGCUCGUAGACCGCACGCUGUAUGUCCACCUCCACCCUGGGCUUAACCUGAGCAGUGGGAGCCAACCCCGACCCGUUUUCAUUUCACCUGUGGUAGACCUGUCCACAAUCAUCACUCGCCUUUAUAACAACGCAGCAGACAUAUGCAGCCACCUGGAUGUUCGGGUUCUUCUCACUAACAUUCGCGCUCAGCCGCCUGCCUGCAGCGAGGCCACAAGUCCAAAUUGUCCCUUCCCAACACCACAGCCUCUGUUUCACUCCCCGGAGGUGGUGCUGACAGACUUUACGCCGCAGGACCCACAUCAGUCCCAUCAGGUUAAGCAGUGUCUGGAGAAGUACACCGGUCACUGUUAUGUCUGUAGACCUGGUCUAUCAUCAGUGCUUCUUCACCCGCAACCAGGGAAGCUGCAGGAAAACGAGGACGUGCAAAGAGAGGAGAAAGGACAGAAGGCUGAACCCAUUGAAACCUAUAGUGAUGUCGUCGUUGGAGGCACGUUUGACCGCCUGCAUGGAGCGCACAAAACACUGCUCAGCAUCUCCUGUCUACUGGCCAAUAGAAGGUUUGUCAUUGGCGUGUGCGACCAAGCAAUGCUUAAAAAAAAAGUUUUAAAGGAGCUGAUUGAACCGUACUCUGUGCGCGUGCAAAGACUCCAGGAGUUUCUACAAGACACCAAACCCUCUCUGCAGGUGGAGAUAGUGCCACUUGAAGACCCCUUCGGAGUGUCCAUAGUGGACCCCCUGUUGAAAUGCAUUGUAGUCAGCGAGGAAACCAGAAAGGGGGGCGAGGCUGUCAACAAGAAGCGCAUGGAAAAAGGCCUGCCGCUUCUUGUCCUUCAUGAGAUCCAGCUGCUUAAGGAUGCUCACCACAAUGAGAUUGAGGAGGAGAAGAUCAGCUCCUCCAGUCUCCGCUCCCGUCUACUCGGCACCCUCCUUAACCCACCUAAAGAUUCGUCUCAUCUGCCCCCUACUCCGUAUGUGAUUGGCCUAACAGGAGGCAGCGGCAGUGGAAAGAGCUCCAUCGCUCAAAAGCUGGAGGGUCUUGGCGCAGUUCGGAUCGACUGUGAUAAACUGGGUCAUGAAGUGUACCAGCCCGGUACAGAAGCCUAUCGCAAAGUGCUAAGAGAAUUUGGAUCAGAAAUUCUCAAUGAGGAUAAAACCAUCAACCGUCGUGCAUUAGGAGCAAAAGUGUUUGGGAACAAGGAGCGGUUAAAAUGUCUAACAGACAUUGUGUGGCCUGAGAUUGCUCUGCUGGUCAAGCAAAGAAUAAACCAAGCCAGGGAAGAAGGUAAGGAGGUCUGUGUGGUGGAUGCAGCUGUUCUGCUCGAGGCUGGCUGGACAGACAUGGUCCACGAGGUUUGGGUCACCGUCAUUCCUGAGGAUGAGGCUGUGUUAAGAAUAACCGAACGAGACGGUAUCAGCACAGAGGACGCCCUGCACCGGCUGCAGAGCCAGUGGUCAAGCAGCAAACAAGUCAAACAUGCCAACGUAGUGCUGAGCACUCUAUGGGAGCCAGAGGUCACCAGGAAACAGGUGCUCAAAGCAUGGAAUCUUCUUCAGAGGAGAAUCCAGCAGAAGAAAGAGGGACGAUAGAAAUCCUGUCUGGAUUAUAUCCGCUUUGAAUUGUGAAGAGGAAAGAAGAGUUUGUGAUAAAUCAACCGGAGGAAGAAUGCCUUAAAGCAGCAGGACAAUCAGCGUGCGGCCGCAGCAAACCACGCUUCCUCGCUUCUUUCAAAGAACUCAGUGCCUGUUCCUCUUUUCAGGAGGUUUUCAAGAAUGUAGUUCUAUGUCCAGUAUGCUUAAAUUUGGAUCUAAAAAGGUGAACUUGUACACAAAAAAUAGAUUUUAAUUUAAUUUGAAUUGUAACCAUUGAGUUUUAGGUAAUUUUUCAUUUAAGGAUUUUGUUUUUUUAAGAUUUCUUUAAAAUGAUUGAAUAAUGGGACGAAUUUUUACAUCGUUUAAUUUCUUGCCUGAAUAAAUACUGUAAAUUACUUGUGUUUUACUAUGGUCAGUAAAAUGUGGACACUGAUUUUUAAAGAGUCUUAUUUGACAAAUUAGUAUUAGUUGUUCAACCUAAUUGUGUAUUUAGUCUUUUUCUUUUUUUCCUUCCCCCAGAGACCAUCACACAGAUCCAGUCAGUUAAUCUGUAUUUCAGUGUCCAGCUUUCAAAUAUUUUUGAUCAAAAUGAUAAAUUGUACAUGUUUAAAAUGACCUUGAACAAUAAAUUGAGGUUUA